UUAAACUGAGCGAAACUGCAAUUUCUCCAAAAUAUAUAUUCUCUCCAGACUCCACCCGGAGAUCUUGCCGACCAAAGCCCCGUCGUUUCAAGCCCUUCCCGGUCAGUUUCCAUCACCGAACCUUCAAAGCCCCAUUCCAAAGUCCCUCACGGAUUCAUUCAGUCCUGCUCAUCAUCCAUCAAAGAAAACAAUAAUGUCCAUAAAUUCCCAUUCCCAAUCCCAUCCACCUCUCUUCUCAAAUCUCCAUUUUAUGACAGUUGUAUUAGUAUUACUGCUACUAUUAACUCCACUAACUCCCUCCGCUGCUUCUCCAUCGAUACCACCAUCCUUCAACCUCUCCCAUUAUUUUCUUUUUGCCACCUCUAACGACGUCGUUAACAACCGCCAACACCAUCACCGCUCCGACUCCCAACCCAAUUCUUCCCCCUUCUUAAAGGAUGUGUUGAAGGAAAUUGGAUCGAGGGAGAAGUGGGAUUUGCAAGAAUUUAGCGUUUCAAAGUUGGAUGUGAAGAAAGCAAAGCUCGGGGACUUGCAACGGUACGAGUUUCGGGUUCGAUUUGGUAAAAGCGAAUUUGUGUUCAAGCUGUUGGAUCAAGUUUCCCGGUGGAAGAGAUUUGAACAACUGGAAAACGAAUUGGGUUUUGAAGAUUUGGUUAAUAAAAUUACCUCCAAGGCUGCUGUGCUCGGUACUCUCAAAAUUCAAGGCCCUUUUCACUUGCGUCUCGCCGGAGAUCAUCAGCUCAAACUCUUUUUGCCGCUCAAGAACUCGUUUUCUGGUCUGAAAGACAUUCUUGUCGGUGAAGGCAUUACUGUGGAAAUCACAGGUGCUGAAGAAGUCUCUCUCUUUCACCCAACAAGUGCUUCAAGUAGUUUAGGGAGAACUGACUCUCGAUACUUCUGGCCUUCAUUAUGCAUGGCAUGGCCUCCUAUACGUGUGGUAGGUUCUGCUACAGUUGUAGCUUACAGGAAUGGAAACCCUGAGGCAUUCAUCAAAACUGUUUUCUUGUCUAACAGAACUGUUGAGCUGUUGCCAGAGAAGUGUUAUGAACGGCGCAUGUUCCAAAUGUGGGACAGAGAUUCUCACAUCAGUUCUCUUAGCACAAGGAUUGCUUUGCUAGAAAGAGUUCUGCAGACUUUUCUUGUACAUAAAACCAAUAAAAAUGCGAGCGUAGGUUUUGCAAAAGUAAAAAUUACUGCAUCAUCAGUAUUCCGCUUCCAGCUGGAAUUGGAAAGAGUUAUUCAAAGCAACGAUCCUUACUGGAGUACAUUAGCUGAGUGGCGUACCAAGCCUACUGUUGAACGUGCAUGGUUUGAGGUGGUGGGGAGGCUCGACAGAGAGGUUCUGAAGCCCUUAACUGUUAAGAAGAUAAGACCAUUUAUUGAUGCAGACUCAAAGGCUUGGAGUAAUUUGAUGUCAAAUGUUUCGUUCACGAAGUUCCCAUCCAUCCUGGUACCUCAAGAGGCUCUCACCUUGGAUGUGAAAUGGUAGAGAAAAUGGAUUUUUGUUCCUUUGCAACAUUCACUAUUCAAUAUGUGAUGUCACGCGGGUUAUCAUUUUCCUAAGACCCUAUGUUCAGUUUAACACAUUACAAGAUUUGUACAGAUUGACACAUGAUAUAGUUUUAUAAAGUGAUAUGAAUGACAGAAAGCUUGCUGAA